CCGGCGCCCGUGUUCUGCUUCCCCGUCCGCGCCCCGAUGGCCGCCCUCGUGCCCCGGAGCUUCCUUCGCGGAGCUCUCUGCAGCCAGCUGCUGCUGACCCUCUUGGUCUUCAGUUGUCCUUGUGAAGCCUGCAAAAAGGUUAUAUUUAAUAUACCUUCUAAACUAGAGGCAGAUAAAAUGAUCGGCAGAGUUAAUUUGAAAGAGUGCCUCAAGUCUGCAGACGUCAUCCAGUCGAGUGACCCUGAUUUCAGAGUUCUGGGUGAUGGGUCAGUUUUCACAGCCCGAGCCGUCAUGUUCUCUGCUGAGGAAAGACCUUUCACCGUAUUGCUUUCUGACACAAAGACACAGGCCCAGAAGGACAUUACUGUGCUCCUGAAACAUCAGAGGAAGGUACUGCGGAAAAGGCAAACUAAAGAGACUGUCCUCAGGCGUGCCAAAAGGAGAUGGGCGCCGAUUCCUUGCUCAAUGCAGGAGAAUUCCUUGGGCCCGUUCCCGUUGUUUCUUCAGCAAGUUCAGUCCGAUGCAGCACAGAACUAUACCAUCUUCUACUCAAUAAGUGGGCGUGGAGUUGACAAAGAACCUUUAAAUUUGUUUUACAUAGAAAAGGACACUGGAAAUCUGUACUGUACUCGGCCUGUCGAUCGUGAGGAAUAUGACAUUUUUGAUUUGAUUGCCUAUGCAUCAACCGCAGACGGGUAUUCAGCAGAUUUACCUCUACCAUUGCCCAUCCGAGUGGAGGACGAAAAUGACAACUACCCAGUGUUCACAGAAAGCAUUUAUAAUUUUGAAAUUCCAGAAAGUAGUAAACUUGGUACGACCGUGGGAGUGGUAUGUGCCACGGACAGAGAUGAGCCGGACACGAUGCACACGCUCCUGAAGUACAGCAUUUUGGAGCAGACACCAAGGUCACCUGGGCUCUUCUCCAUGCAUCCCAGAAAAGGUGUCAUCACCUUAGCCUCCCACCCUCUGGACAGAGAGACUGCACACAAGUACACAUUGUUAAUCAAAGUACAAGACAUGGAUGGUCAGUUUUUUGGAUUGAUGGCCACAUCAACUUGUCUGAUAACAGUAAAAGAUUCAAAUGACCAUGUGCCUACUUUCAGACAAAAUGCUUAUGAGGCAUCAGUAGAGGAAAAUACAUUCAAUGUGGAAAUCUUACGAUUACCGAUAGAAGAUAAGGAUUUAAUUAACACUGAGAAUUGGAGAGCCAAUUUUACCAUUUUAAAGGGCAAUGAAAAAGGACAUUUCAAAAUCAGUACAGACCAAAAAACUAAUGAAGGUGUUCUCUGUGUUAUAAAGCCACUGAAUUAUGAAGAAAACCGUCAAGUGAUCCUGGAAAUUGGAGUUACCAAUGAAGCUCCGCUCACUAGAGAUAUUGCAAUCAGAUCAGCAACCAUGAACAGAGCUGUGGUUACAGUUCAUGUGAAGGAUCAGGAUGAAGGGCCUGAAUGCCACCCUCCGGCCCAAUACGUACGGAUUAAAGAAAACUCCAAAGUCGGGUCAAAGAUCAAUGGCUAUAAGGCAUAUGACCCAGAAACUAAAAGUAGCGAAGGUUUAAGAUAUAAAAAAUUGCAUGAUCCUAAAGAGUGGAUCAAUAUUGAUGAAAUUUCAGGGUCAAUUGUGACUUCCAAAACCCUGGACAGGGAGGCAGUGGCUUUUAAAAAUGACUUAUAUAAUAUCACAGUCCUGGCGAUAGACCGAGCUGGUAGAUCGUGUACUGGGACCCUUGCCGUGAACAUUGAAGAUGUCAAUGAUAAUCCACCAGAAAUAGUUCAAGAUUACCUAACAGUUUGCAAACCAAAGAUGGGCUAUACUGAAAUUUCAGCUGUUGAUCGUGAUGACGCUGUCCAUGGCCCUCCAUUUUCUUUCUCCAUGGCAAAUGCUUCUCCAGAAAUCAGUAGAGUAUGGACCCUCACCCAAGUUAAUGAUACAGCUGCCCGUCUUUCAUAUCGGAAUAAUGCUUACUUUCAAGAAUAUAGUGUUCCUGUUACUGUAAAAGACAGAGCAGGUCAAUCUGCAACAAAAACCUUGAGAGUUAAUCUAUGUGAUUGUGUUCAUCCAAGUCAGUGUCGAGCAGUUUACAAGAGUGGAAAAGUAGUGCUUGGAGAAUGGGCGAUCCUGGCAAUAUUACUGGGUAUAGGAUUGUUAUCUUGUGUACUGCUAACUUUAGUAUGUGGAAUCGUUAGUACCAGAAAAGAAAAACGUUUUCCUGAAGAUUUAGCUCAGCAAAACUUAAUUAUAUCAAACACAGAAGCACCUGGAGAUGAUAGAGUGUGUUCUGCCAAUGGAUUUAUGACCCAGAGUGUCAACAACUCUAGCCAAGGCUUUUGUGGUACCAUGGGAUCAGGAGUCAAAAAUGGCGGGCAGGAAACCAUUGAAAUGGUAAAAGGAGGACACCAGACCCUGGAAACCUGCCAGGCAGGAGGGCAUCACCACACCCUGGAAUCGUGUAAGGGAGGUGGACAACAGACGCUGGAUUCCUGCAGGGGAGGACACGUGGAGGUGGACAACUGCAGAUACACUUACUCAGAGUGGCAUAGUUUCACUGAGCCCCGUCUUGGUGAAAAAUUGCAUCUAUGUAAUCGGAAUGAAGACCAUAUGCAAGCUCAAGAUUACAUCCUUACAUAUAACUAUGAAGGAAGAGGAUCUCCAGCUGGGUCUAUAGGUUGCUGCAGUGAAAAACAGGAAGAAGAUGGACUUGACUUUUUAAGUAACUUGCAACCCAAAUUUACUGCACUAGCAGAAGCCUGCAUGAAGAGAUAAUGCCACCGUGCUACAGUGAUACAUGUAUUUGUUGGACAUUUUGGAGGCUUCCAAAAGAGGAAUAUUUUACAAUUCAAUUUUACACACACAUUCAUUAAUAUACAGCAUAAUGAAUUUGUCUGAAUUUUGAAUUAUGCUAUUUACCAAUUUCUAUAUUGAGAGCAGUUUAUUGCUUAUCUUUUUCAAGAUGCACAAAAUGGUAAAACAGAUUUUGCCUUCUUUACUGCUGAGAAAAUAGACAACUAGCAAAUCUCAUCAUUUGUACCAUUUGAAUUUAGGUCUGUGAAGGACCUGCUCGUCUUUGCGGUUAUUUUCCUAACAAAUAUGUUGGGUUCAUACUAAUCCAAUGUUAGUUAAGCUCUGCUUGAUUGAAUAUGAUAAACUUGAUACCUGGGUGAGAAAUUCUGCUCUUAUCCCAGAUUUAGUAAGUGGAAUAGGAGUACUGUAUAUCAAACACUGUGGUAAAUUAUGUUGGGUGUUUUAGCUAUUAUCACAUACUAACUUUUAGUGAUAGUUCAAAAAUAGACAAGCAAUAUUAGACAUUUCCAUUUGAAGGAAACUGGGAUUUGAAAAUGACUAUCAAAACAAUUAAUACAAUAUUUAAAAUGAAAUGAAAACAGAAGAAAAUAAAAGAGAAUUUAAAAUGAGGCCAGGAUUUGGCUUGUCUCCCGGGUUUUAAAAAGAGAGAGCCUCUUAUUCCUAAAUGCUGCAUGAUAACAACAUACUAGGAAAUACUUGAUGUACAUUUGUGCAGUUUGUUUACAAUGAUAUGCAGCUAAGUGAAACUUUAGGAGCUCUGGUGACGCAGUGGUCAAGAAGAGUUUGGCUGCUAACUGAAAGGUCGGCUGUUCACACCCACCAGCUGCUCCGUGAGAGAAAGAUAUGGCAAUCUGCUUCCAAAAAGAUUCAUGGCCUUGGAAACCCUCUAGGGCAGUUCUACGCUGUCCUGUUGGGUUGCUAUGAGUCAGAAUCUACUCAAUAGCAGUGUUUCCUUUUUUAGUGAAACUUUCUUAACUUCAGUAGGAAGAAAAGAGGGAAGCAGUUGGAGCAGUAAAUUUGCUUAGCGGCCUACUGAAAGAUUUCUGCAUCCACAAAAUAGGAGCAAGCCGGAGCUCAUCACAGCUAGCGCUCCCUGUUUUCUGUUGUCAAGCUUCCAGAAAUGAGGUAUUUUUCUUGGGUAAAAAGAGCUAAUACUAAAAACUUUUUUAAAACCUAUCUCUGGUGAGAAUAAACCCUCUACCAGCAUUUUCUUUCUCUCUCUUAUCUACCAACCUUAUUUUUCUUUGGAGCAAACAAUCAUGUCCUCUCAGUCAGAUUUUAGAGGCUAAAGGCAGCUGGAAGGCAAAUCCUGCUGAAGGGAUCAAGUGAGGAAUGGCUAUACUAAAGCCCCAAGCCCACAAACCCAUCACCACUUGUACUGUGUUCUAGUCAGAGCCUGAGGACUACAAAUAUUUCACUUCCUGACUCAUUGCCCUGUUUUAAAGUGGUCUUGGUAUAAUUCAAGGAAAGCCAGCAUUCCCAUUGUGCCCCUACAUUAUCCGUAACAUCUCCAGCAGAGACUGACUUAGAUUGCAAAUACUCCAGGCCCAAGUUGUCAAUCAUCUUCUGUGUGAAUUAAUUUUUAUCAGAUUGCUUUCUUAAGAGGAUUUUAAAAAUAAUAGAAGAACUAGGAAUUUCAAUUGGGUGAAAGAAAACAUGGAGAGGUAAUUUUGGAAUACGGUGUACUUUGGAGAGGGUAAGCCCAAAUAGGGGUAUUUGGACAGUCAGAGAGAAACAUGAAUACCCGGCCUUCAAGAGCUGAAGAGAGAAGCUAGCAAAGGGAACUGAGUGGUAGGUAGCAAAGGCAACAUUGUCUGCUUCACAAUUUUUCCUAGGUCUUGCCCUGCCUUUUCUUUCUUUUCUCAGGCCAGUGGCAACGGCCUUUUAAUUUUGGUGAAUUAUCAGCCAACAUUUUCUUCAUGCCUCACCUUAUUUGGGGUGUGGAAUUGAGAGGUAGAGAGCUGAUGGCAUGAUUCUGAAGGCAUUUACGGGAUGAGCCUGAACUGGUUGUGCAGAACAAACAAGCCAUUCACGAGGAGUACUUUAUUCCUUCUGUAGCACUCUGAGCACCGUAAUAGAAGGUCUUCUAAGAGCUCAGCUGCUAACCAAAAGGUCGGCAGUUGGAAUCCACCAGCCACUCCUUGAAAACCCUGUGGGGUAGUUCUUCUCUGUCCUACAGGGUCACUAUGAGUCUGAAUUGACUAGAUGGCAACAGGUUUUUUUGGUUUUCAACUAAAUGUGUAUUUAAAACUCUUACUUGAUUCUACAUUUUCCUUUUUCUAAUUUGCGCAUGAAAUAUAAGUUUUUAGACUUAGAGUUUUUUAAGCAUAAUUUUUCUUUUAAAGUCUUCUUGGCAAGGUGGUUAAGAGCUAUGGCUACUAACCUAAAGUUCAGUAGUUCAAAUCCACCAGCUGCUCCGUGGAACCACUAUGGGGCAGUUCUACUCUGUCCUAUAGGGUCACUAUGAGUCGGAAUCGACUUGACCACAAUCGGUUUUUUGGUUUAUUUUUAAUGUAAUCUUUUUUUUAUAUGUAGUAUUCUUCUUCUAUGUGUAAGGUGAAUGUGGUGCUGUUUUAGUGUGCAAAUAAAUAUCAUUCGAAAGCUUUCAUUUUUUCCAGAGAAUAAUCUUGAAUUUUUAUUGUAAAUGUACAGUUUUUUUUUUUUUUUUUUCUUAUUUUUAUAAGGAAGCGGUUAACUGUCUAAAAUGCAGUGGGGCUUGCUUUGCAAUGUUUUUAACAAGCUUUGAUUUUUAUAUUAAAACAAGUUACUUUGCUUUCAAUGAAACUUGGCAGGUUAAAAUAAGCAAAAAUGGGAUGCAGAAAGUAGUAUUUACGGAUAUUAGAUGCAAUAAAACAACUUUAACCUGG